AUGUCUUUGAAGAAAUUAACUAGUAUUGCAAGAAAUCGUUUGUGUUUGCCCUUGGAUGCAGAACUUACAAUAGUUUUAGAACAAGAUGGCACAGAAGUAGAUGACGAAGAAUAUUUUGCAACAUUGGAAAGAAACACUAGUCUAAUGAUUUUACAUGGAGAUCAAAAAUGGGUAGCUGCUGGCAGUAGUAAGGCUGCUUCUCGGUACAUCGUUGUCGAUGAUGUAGAUAACAUAGAGAGUGAUUCAAGGGGAGGUGAACUCAGAAGGUGUCGGCCACCAAUAGAACCAUUGGUCUCCUCAUUGCAUGGCGAUCCAUCUCACAUAUCACUGCUUGGUGGGAGUGAUUUAGAAUUGCUUAGUGAUAUGGAUCCAGACAGCUUAGCUGACAUAGUACCCGACAGAAUUUUCUUGGAGCAAUUGAAAGAAGCCUCAGGUAGAUUUUUGGCUGAAAAACGGCAAGCACAGGAGUCUAUGGCUCUUCUUCAGAUGUAUGCAAGUGGCGGGGAGAUGGAGCGAGCGUAGGCCAUGUGGGGGGUGGGCGCCCUCACAUUGGCUAACAUGUAUCGAGUACGACGUCGCAUAUUUUACAAAGGUCGUCAACUACAACAAACUUUAAUCCUUUACUGGA